CUUAAUACCAAAAAAUAAUUAAAAAAAUAACAAUAAUAAUAAAAAAUUCCAAGUUUGAACUUUAUCGAGGCUCCAUUUGUCUAUAAAUAGAGAAGAAACUAAAGAACAAUCAUAAGUAGUAUUGUCUCAUUCUGUCUCAUAAAAAUGGCUAGUCCUAAAACUAACAUUUUCUUCUGUUAUGUUAUCUUUUGUCUUGCCCUUUCAUCUGUCAUGGCACGCCCUCCAUCUAAAGGAGUCAAAGGAGCAUAUUAUCCUUCAUGGGGAUUUUCAACUUUCCCACCAUCAUCCAUAGACACAUCUUUAUUCACUCACAUCUACUAUGCAUUCCUUGUCCCAAACAACACCACAUUCAAAUUUGAUAUCGACGACGAGACCUCCACCCUCCUCUACAACUUCACCUCCACCCUCCGGUCCAAAAGACCGUCCGUGAAGACGCUCUUUUCUGUGGGGGGAGGAGGUGAAGAACCGGCUAGGUUCUCGCGCAUGGCGUCUACAGCUGCCUCUCGUUUGACUUUUAUAAAAUCUAGCAUAGAGGUAGCUAGAAAGUACGGAUUUGAUGGAUUUGAUCUUGACUGGGAAUUCCCUCAGAACAAAAAGGACAUGGAGAAUUUGGCCAUAUUACUAGACCAAUGGAGGGUUGAGGUCAAAAAAGAUUCUCUGGCCUCAAAAAGGCCACAACUUUUGAUCACAGCAGCUGUUUACUUCUCGGUUGACUUCUUUUUAUCUGAUGAAUUCAGAUCAUACCCUGUGCCUUCAAUUAACAAGAAUCUGGAUUGGAUUAACUUAAUGUGCUACGAUUAUCACGGAUCGUGGGACACAUCUGCCACGGGUGCACAAGCUGCAUUAUUCGACUCGAAAAGUAACAUUAGUACAAGUUAUGGACUAAGGUCAUGGAUUAAGGCUGGGGCAUUAAGAAGCAAAUUAAUUAUGGGGUUGCCACUUUAUGGUAGGACAUGGAAAUUAAAAGAUCCUAAUGUAGAUGGAAUUGGUGCAUCAGCAGUUGGACUUGGUCCUGGUGAUGAAGGGACAUUAACUUAUAGGGAAAUAGAGAAAUUUAAUGAGGAGAAUAAUGCUAAGGUUGUGUAUGAUUCUGCCACAGUUUCUACUUAUUCUGUGGCUGGUACUUCUUGGAUUGGUUAUGAUGACACUAGGUCUGUUGAAAGGAAGUUAAGCUAUGCUCAAGAUCUUGGCCUUAGGGGGUACUUCUUUUGGCAGGUUGCUGGUGACCAAGAUUGGAAAAUCUCCAGAAAAGCUAAACAGUCAUGGAUUAUUUCCUAAGAGAUGAAGGUAAAAAAAAAAAGGAUUAUUCCUUUGCCAACUCCACCAGCUUCUUGGAACUUAUAUAUAUUGUGAUCCUUAAGAUUUUGUUGGAACUGAAUUUGUCUAUGAAAAUGUAUUUGAAGCUGACUAGUUCAUCUUCUAUUUAGUUAAUAUGCACUAUUUAUGUUGUACCAUUUAGUUAUUAUAUGUACCCUCAGCUAAUAAAGUCUAUUAAGUGUAAGAGAAUAGAAAUUUUAGCUUAGAACUCGUUGAAUGAAUCCUCAAUAAUGUAACUUGUACUACUAUAGUUCAAUUGUUGUUAUAAUAUUUCA